AUGGAAAUAGUGAAGAAGUCGUUUAAACCAGAGUUUCUCAAUCGAAUGGAUGAUAUUAUAGUAUUUUCACCACUUUCAGAGAAAGAAUUGAAAGAAAUAGUUAAAUUACAAAUGGGAGAAGUGAUUAAAGUCAUUAAAAAGAGAUAUCCAGGAAGUGAAGUUGAAAUGACGGAAGCAGCAAUAGAAGGAAUCAUUAAAGCAGGAUAUUCAAUAGCAUAUGGAGCAAGACCAAUGCGAAGAUAUAUUGAAAAGACAGUAGUUACAGAAAUAACGAAGUCAAUAAUAGGAGGAGUGAUGAAAGAGAAGAGUAAAAUUAAGAUAGGAUAUGAAGAUGGUAAGAUUGAAGUUAAAAUAACUGAUAACUAA